AUGAGGCGGAAGCAGGGCCGUGGACCCACAUGCACAGCCCUGAAUCAGGCCUUCCACGUGCAAGCUGAGACCCCUCUGACUGGCUCCGAUCUGGCUGUGGACAGGGACACUUCACAGGCUGUCGUGGAGGUGCAGGGAGUGAAUCCACAUACACUGCUUAGCUCAUGGCAAACGAGGGAGCAGGAGACACCCCCUGACUUCUUUUAUUUCUCUGACUAUGAGAGGCACAACGCAGAGAUCGCUGCCUUCCACCUGGACAGGAUCCUGGACUUCCGCCGGGUCCCCCCCGUGGCCGGCAGGAUGGUCAACAUGACGAAGGAGAUCCGGGAUGUGACGAGGGACAAGAAGCUGUGGAGGACCUUCUUCAUCUCCCCAGCCAACAACAUCUGCUUCUAUGGCGAGUGUUCCUACUACUGCUCCACGGAGCAUGCCCUGUGCGGGAAGCCGGACCAGAUCGAGGGCUCGCUGGCAGCCUUCCUGCCAGACCUGUCCCUGGCCAAGAGGAAGACGUGGAGGAACCCCUGGCGACGCUCAUACCACAAGCGCAAGAAGGCAGAGUGGGAAGUGGACCCCGACUACUGUGAGGAGGUGAAGCAGACACCCCCCUAUGACAGCAGCCAUCGUGUCCUGGACAUCAUGGACAUGACCAUUUUUGACUUCCUCAUGGGGAACAUGGACCGCCAUCACUAUGAGACUUUUGAGAAGUUUGGGAACGAGACAUUUAUCAUCCACUUAGACAAUGGGAGAGGGUUUGGGAAACACUCCCACGAUGAGCUGUCCAUUCUGGUGCCUUUACAGCAAUGCUGCAGGGUCAGGAAGUCCACCUACCUUCGGUUGCAGCUCCUGGCCAAGGAGGAGUACCGGCUGAGCCUGAUGAUGGCGGAGUCCCUGCAUAAGGACCGGGUGGCCCCCGUCUUGUACCGGCCACAUCUAGAGGCCCUGGACCGGCGGCUGCGCAUCGUGCUGCAGGCCAUCAGGGACUGCGUGGAGAAGGAUGGGCCCCAUAGCGUGGUGGAGGAUGACCUGGACCCUGAGCACAGAGUCCCCCCCGGCAGGUAGUGACCAAGAGCCGCCAGCCUGCCAUGGAAGAAGGACAGGCGCACCCACGCUGUGAAUUCAGUGACUUCAGGAAGGACGGGCCACUCCUGGAGUCAGGAACCGCGGGAAUGUGAGCUCCUUCGGCAGUGGGUCCGACAGGACUCACUGUAUUCGCUUUCGAGACCGGAGAAGGUUGGGGAGGGGCGCUCUGUGCUCAUGGACGAGGCAGCCUGGCGGCAGGGUCAACCCACCCUUUUUGUAUGGAAAGAAAGCCUUUAUUUACUAUUUUGUAUUUAUACAUGGUGUCUAUGUAUUUAAAGAGUGACACCUCUGCAGACCCCAGACCACCUACCAAAUGCACACAUGGGGGCCGCGCCCCUGGGGCUGGACUGUCCCGCCAAGUGCACCCACACUCUGGACCUGACUUGAAACAAACUCCCAUCUGUCCUCCCUUCCGGCGGCCCUGCAGCCAGAUGGCUGACAGCCUCGGCUUGGGCACAGGAGGCUCCCAAUGGCGUCACAGGCUGGUUGACAGACAGACUCCCGGUUUCAGAGUGACGUCAACGACCACGUCUUCCAUUUCUCAGAGCCGCCCAGCAGCACCUGUGACUUCGCUUGGCGGCCGAGGGUGCUGCUCGUCUUCUGACUUUGCUUUGAUAGCUGGUGUAAAUACAUCACAUAGGCUCCUCCAAGGGCCUCAGCAACAGGCUUAAUUUUGCGGCAUUUUUGUGGAAUAGUUUGCAAUGUGGUAAAAGUGCAAUAAAACUAGAGCAAAUGUA